AUGUGCAGUUCUCGCGGAUUGUUUCUUCGCUCAUCAUGGGCUUCUGCCGCAGCAAGGAGAAUAGUCGCUCCCCCGGUGUCAAGAUCAUGUCCCCUCUGGGUGUCGAAGAGGGGAUACUCCCAUACUAACCCCCCACCUCCGCAGCAUACAGCAACUGGAACUGCAACAGACGCUUUCAAGGGCCUUGUUAAAGACGUUGGUCGAGAGAAGGCCGUGCUCAGACUUCCUCGUACGGAGAUGAACGAACUGGAUGAACGGACUGUAGAUGUUCAUUACAUCCAGCUGCGCGAUGGCUGUCAAUGUCCCCGCUGCGUUGACCCUCAGACAAAACAACGGUUCUUCCGCACAAGCGAAAUCCCCGAGGACAUAGCACCGCGUGAAAUGAAAUGGGUAGACGACUCCGAGAGCAACCGGCAGAAAGUGCUAGAAAUAUCGUGGAACAAGAACCUCGCCGGUCACGACAUCGACAAGACGCAUGUGACAAGGCUGACUGCCGACGACAUCAACUACCCCCCUGCUUACUUCCACCAGAGAACCGUAGCUGCUGCCGGAAAACCCAGACUGCACUGGGACAAGAAUGACAUGGAACUGGCCCAGCAUUGGAUCAGCUACCAAGACUACAUGGAGAACGACGGUCUACUCAUGAAUGCACUGCACAACCUGUCCCUCUACGGCCUCCUGUUUGUGCACGACAUCCCCGACUCGCGAGACAUGGUCGAGAACCUAGCAACGCGCAUGGGGCCGUUACGCAAUACCUUUUACGGCGCAACAUGGGACGUCCGACAUGACCCCCAGGCCAAAAACGUUGCGUAUACAAACAAAAACCUGGGAUUCCACAUGGACCUGUUAUACGUGCAGAAUCCGCCGGGAUUUCAACUGCUGCAUUGCCUGCGCAACUCAUGCGAAGGCGGCGAGUCUCUAUUCGUAGAUGCCUUUGGCGCAGCAGCAGAUCUCGACGCAAAAUCGUGGCAAACACUGGCGACUUUCGAGGUUCCCUAUCACUAUGAUCACAGCCAUCAAUACUACAGAAUGACUCGGCCGGUUCUCGAGUCUUUUGCUGGGAACAAUCUUAGUUACGUCAAUUACUCCCCUCCCUUCCAAGGACCAUUCCACAUCAAUUCCGGCGAGGCGAUUAGCUGGACUGAUAGAAUGAAAGAGUUCAUAUCUGCCGUUAUACAAUUUGAGAACAGGAUCCACGAUCCCUCGCGCAUUUUUGAACUCAAAUUAAAGCCAGGACAGUGCGUCAUUUUCGAGAACCGUAGGGUACUACAUGCUCGCCGGGCUUUUGAUACCACCGCUGGAGAAAGAUGGCUUGCUGGGGCGUAUGUUGAUGAAGAUGCUGUGCAUAGUAGAAUCUUCACUUUGAAGCGGAAUAGUGGGUUAUUUCGGGGGGUUACGUCUAGUUGA